AUGGAACUAAAGAAUGAAAUAACAGUUAUAUUAAAUAGUAAUAAAACCAGUGGCAAAAUAUCGAAACCAAUCUUUGAAAUUUUAGUCCAAUAUAUGGAUUUUAAAAUGUUUUUUAGAUUUGGUACAAGAGUUUGUAAAACAUUUAGAGGUUUGUUUUUCAACUCAAGUAGAUGGAGAAUAAUUGAUUUAAGUUUCUUGGGCAGUGUAGAUGCAAAUUUUAAAAUUUAUAAACUAUGCGGAACAUUAAGAUCAUAUCACCAAAAUGGUAAUUUUAUAUUUGAGGAUGAUGAAGAAAAUCCAAUAACCAAUACCACAAAUGACGAAACCGCCACCAAUAAAAUUUUUUAUACCCCAUAUGUCGAAACACUUAUAUUAGAUAGUUUAGAUAAAGCCACCGAAGAUUGCUUCAAACAUAUAAACAAUUGCAGAAUAAUGAAUAAAAUAGAAAACUUAUCACUAUUUAAAACCAAUAUAAGAAGCUUAAACAUUUUCUUUGAAACAAACCCACCAAGAAAUAUAAUUUCCCUUGCCUUACCCACUUUAACGGAUAUUCAGGCAAAUCAUUACAAAAAGAUCCCAAAUUUACAAUCAUUAGCACUCAAUGGUAUAUACCAGCCAGUUCAAAUUAUUAAAUUUUUAGACUCCUGUAAAUCAUUAAAAAAACUUGAUAUAUUCCACUCACUAAAAUCCCUCGAUGAGAAUCUAUCGUCAAAACUAAUCACAUGUACACAAAUUACACAUCUACGACUAUCAAACAUAGAUAUUGACACUGAUAUUCUUUUAACAAUUUUCAUGAAUUUAAUAAAUUUAGAGCAUCUUGUUGUCCAUAAUAUAGCACAAUUAUCAUCAGCCUGUGUAGAUACAGCCAUCGAAAGUUUAAAGAAUUUAAAAGAACUAAAUAUUAAAUUUUGUAGAAAUGCAAAUAAAAUAACAGAAUCCUCAAAAUCUUUACAAAUCUUUGAUUGUUCAUAUAGCGGUAUUAAAAGCUUUGAAUUUCCCAAUCUUAUCAGCUUAACAAUUGGUGGAUAUUCACUUAAUAACUAUGAAAUAUUUGAUAUAUUUUCACAAUUUCAUUCAUUAAAAUAUUUAGAUUUAGGGAGAGCAGAUAUCACCAACGAAAAGUUACAAACAAUUUUCAAAUAUGUUGGAAAAGAUUUAGAGGUUAUAAAUUUAUUGGAUAACAAAUCUAUAUCAUCAGACUCUGUUGAUUUAGUUAUUAGCAAGUGUCCAAAAUUAUUCAAAUUGUUUAUUGAUAAGAAUCAAAAUAUUUCAAAAGAAACUAUAGAGAGACUAAAAUCUUUAAAUAUACUUCUUAAAAACUAA